AUGGCGACGGUAGUACCCCCGCCGUCGAAGCGCCAGAAGCGCGAGACUCUUGCUAGGACGCAAACGCAGCAAGAUGUCACAGCCAUUGCGCCAGGUCUUGAGGGAUCUUUCAAGGCUCGUUUUAUUGAUGGCGACGGUCAGCAGCUCGCAGAGGUAAUUGAGGUGCCUCUCGCCGAUGCGUCCGAAAAGAACCUCACUCUUCUUCUCAAUACUUUGAUGGGAAAGGAAAGAGAAGAAUUCCUCCCCUACAAAUUCCGCAUCCACAUCCCCGAUACCGAUAUUAUUGUCGACACCUACCCUUCUAACCUCCUCGAACUCCUCCGAAGCCAUGGCGUUGCAAACCCAUUCGAGACAACAAUCACCCUCUCGGCGGAGCCACAGGCCGUCUUCAAGGUCCAGGCCGUGACCCGCAUGGCACACAAGAUUCCCGGUCACGGUGAAGCCAUCCUCGCAGCGCAAUUCAGCCCAGAGACUAGCAAGCGUCUGGCUACAGGCUCAGGCGACAAGACGGCAAGGAUAUGGGACACGGAGACGGGAACACCCAAGUAUACGCUUGCGGGACACACCGGCUGGGUUCUCUGUGUGGCCUGGUCCGCCGACGGAAAGCGUCUGGCGACUGGAAGCAUGGAUAAGUCAGUCCGUCUCUGGGACCCUAUUAAGGGUGUCGCCGUCGGUCAGCCUCUUACAGGACACGCGAAGUGGGUUACCAACAUUGCUUGGGAGCCCUUCCACCUCUGGCGUGACGGUACACCCCGCCUCGCAUCCGCCAGCAAAGACGCCACUGUCCGCGUCUGGGUCGUCAACAGUGGUAGGACAGAGCACGUUCUCUCCGGCCACAAGUCGAGCGUCAGCUGCGUGAAGUGGGGAGGUACAGGAUUGAUUUACACAGCCAGUCACGACAAGACAGUCAAGGUAUGGGACGCCGUCAAGGGAACUCUGGUGCAUACCCUCUCAUCGCACGCGCAUUGGGUCAAUCACCUUGCGCUGUCUACGGAGUUCGCGCUGAGGACUGGCUUCUUCGACCACACGCCUACACCGGACACGGAGGAGGGCAAGCGGGAGAAGGCAAAGGAGAGGUUCGAAAAGGCGGCCAAAAUACAGGGCAAGGUCGCCGAGCGACUGGUGUCUGCCAGUGACGAUUUCACAAUGUACCUCUGGGACCCCUCCCAGGGCACGAAGCCCGUGGCGAGAAUGCUGGGCCACCAGAAGCAGGUGAACCACGUCACCUUUUCUCCCGACGGCACGCUGAUUGCUAGCGCGGGCUGGGAUAACCACACCAAGCUCUGGAGCGCGCGGGACGGUAAGUUUAUCAACACGCUGCGCGGCCACGUCGCGCCGGUGUACCAGUGCGCCUUCUCCGCCGACUCCCGCCUGCUCGUCACAGCAUCGAGGGAUACCACGCUCAAGGUGUGGUCGAUGGCGACGCACAAGCUUGCGGUGGAUCUGCCGGGCCACCAGGACGAGGUGUACGCCGUAGACUGGAGCCCGAGGGAUGGCGGACGUGUGGGCAGUGGUGGAAAGGACAAGGCCGUCCGGCUGUGGUGCAACUGA